CGGCAGCCAGCCCACCCCGGCCCCGGAUGGCGACACCCUGGAGGGUGCCCUCGGAGGAGCAGCUGGCGGUGGCCCGCGCGGGAACUUGGGGCCCGGUCCACGCCGAGAGGAUGGCCCUCGGGCCUUGCCCCAGCGGGCCCUGGACGUGGGACUCGCCGCUCGCCUCGGAGGUCCCUGCGCCUAAGAGGAGAAGGCAGAGCUCCAAGCCCAAGCCGUCCGCCUUCCAGCCGGUGUACAGCAGGUCCGAAACGACCUCCGCCUUCGUGCCCAGGCCCGGGCCGCUGGUCCCACGCCCGCCGGUCCCACGCCCGCCGGACCUGCGCCCGCCUCUCAGCCCCGCGGGAGCCUUCUUCUUGGGCUGCUGCCCGGCCUGCGUUAGUCCCGCCCCGGCCUGCUUUGCCCCGUUCCAGGCAGUUGUCCCCGUGCUGCCGCCCUACUGGGGGCCUCGGCCCUGCCCGCCUUUCCUGCCUUUCCUGCCCUUCCCGGGGCCCAGCCUGGUGGUGGCCCCUCCCCUCCAGUACACACAGCCUGCUGGGCUCCUGGAGUCCCAAAUGUUCAGGCCCGUGGCACCUGCUCCUGCCACUCCGAGCUAUAGCUCAUCCAUUCCUCCCAACUAGGAGUCGCCCAGCCACCAGGCUGCCCCCGGCC